AUGAAAGUUAUUAUUCGAUUAGCUUCUGUAAAUUUUGAAAUAAAAACUCUGUUUAUUGAUUAUGCUCCACCUUCUCAAGAUAAAAAAAUCAAUUCCUAUCAAUCUAAAACUUCAAAUAAAUAUGAAUUUGUAGAAAGUAAACCAGAUUCUAAUGAAGUUAUUCCAAGUAGUAAAUUUUGA